AUGGGCAAUUGGUUUUUGCGCGCAACGCUGGUCUUGACGGCGUACAACAAGGGCGCGGGAACGGGUGGUCCAUGCACAGACAUUAUGGCGGUCGUGGCGGGCGACUCGAACCGCCUCUGGGGCAGUUUGAAAUGCGCUACGUGUUUUUUAGGCUCCGCGAGCUCCCGAACAAAGCGACAGCCAAGCCCGUGUUGUGCUUUCACAGCCGUGCGCAUAGCACAAGGCCCAGACCAGACCGGACGCCGCAAGAGGUCGGUAGUUGAGGUGUUUGUUGUUCUCCGCCUUGAUGAGGCCAUACGUGACGCGUCACGCAUGAUGAAGACGGCGUUUCUUCCUCCUUUCGGCUCCGACAAUCGACACAUCAUUCUUUCCAACGAGAAUACAAACGGCUUCCUUGCUCUACGAGGGCUACUGGACGUCUAUCACCGUAGUCUGGAGGAGUCUAUCAGAACCUACGGCGAGCUGCUUGAACUCGAUUUCUGA